AUUAGUCAAGGUGGUAACGUUAUUUACUUAGAUGAUCAAGGACAUGUUAUUUCUUAUAAACCAAAUGAAAAUCACCAGAUAGAUCCAGAUGAAAAUCACCAGUUAGAGUUUACUGAUAUUCAUACUGUGGAUACGAAUGAUAACUCAACUCACUAGUUAGGCUUCCAAUAUUCCAAAGACUUCUUAUUCUUCCAGCAAUUGAAGGGAAAACCCCAUUUGGUUAUAUGCAUUGAUUGCAAAUGAAUGUCUAGACUCCAGAAAAAAAGAGGGCAGAGCUAGAAUCCUAUGCAAGCUAGACGUAGAGAAGGCUUUUGAUCAUGUGAACUGGGGUUUCCUGUUAAACAUGCUUAAGAGAAUGGGUUUUGGCACCAAAUGGGUGAAUUGGAUAAAAUUCUGCAUCAGUACUAUCAGAUUUUGAGUUUUAAUCAAUGGGUCUCUUGAAGGUUUUUUUUUCCUUCACAUAGAGGAUUGAGACAAGGAGACCCUCUUUCUCCUUUCCUCUUUCCGAUUGCCAUGGAGGGUCUCUAUAACAUAUUGAUCACAGCUUAAAGGAAAAAUUGGCUUAGAGGCUUCAAGGUCAGUAGCAGGCAAGGUGAUAGCAUUGAGAUUACACAUCUGCUGUAUGCAGACGAUGCAAUUAUCCUAUGUGAUGCAGAUGCUGACCAAAUGAAGAUUUUGAGAAUCAUCGUCACUAUUUUUAAAGGGGUGUCAGGUUUGCAUAUAAACUGGAGAAAGAGCCUAAUGUUUCCAGUAAAUGAGCCUCAACAAUUCCAGCAGUGUGUUGAUACAUUAGGAGGAGAAGUGGGAUCUCUGCCGACAACCUACCUUGGUAUGACACUUGGUGCAAAUAACAGAUCUUUGGACAUUUGGAAUGGGGAUUUAGAGAAAUGUGAGAAAAAACUCACAAGAUGGAAGAGCCAGUACCUUUCUUUGGGUGGCAGGCUAAUUCUCAUAAAUAUUGUCCUAGUGCUCUACCUACCUACAUGAUGCUCUCUUUUCUUAUUCCUCCAAGAGUUGAGAAGAGAUUGGAUAUGUUUAGAAGCAAUUUUUUGUGGCAAGGCAACAAAUAUAAAAGGGGCAUCCAUCUUGUCAAGUGGAAAAUUCUGACACUAAGCAAACAAAAAGGAGGGCUAGUUAUAAAAAAUCUUAGGAAGCAGAAUCAAAGUUUACUUAUCAAAUGGCUCUGGCGGUACUCAAAUGAAGAUCAAUCAUUAUGGAAGAAGGUGAUUAAAGAAAAAUAUGGGGAGGACCAUGCGUGGAAAACCAAAGCUGCAGCAUAUUUCUUUAUGGAAGAAAACUUGUUAGGUAAUGGCUCUCUCCGGCACCUUUAUCCAGAUGUUUACAUCCUAAAUCAGCAGCAAAGGGCUAAUAUCAAUGAGGUAUGGAACAACCAAGGAUGGGACCUUAGUUUCCGAAGACUUUUGAAUGACUGGAAAAUAGACAGAUUCCGUGCCUUCAUUAGCACACUUAAUCUCUUCAAUGGAGUCUUACCUGAGCAAGAUAGAUUAUGGUGGGAUGGCUGCGAGACAAAUCAGGAGUCUUUUCAGUCAAUACAGCAUACCUUUGGAUGAAUCACAACAACAGUCUUCAAGUACAAUGGCCUUGGAGACAAAUUUGGAAGACAAACAUACCAUACAAGGUGGCAUGCUUUGUCUGGUUAGUAGUAAAGAAUGCUUGUCUAGCAAAAGACAGACUACAAAGAAGGGGAAUACAAGUUGGCUCUACCUGUCACUUAUGUGGACUGUAUGCAGAAACAAACAGUCACCUUUUUUUGCAUUGUAGGGUGACUACUCAAUUGUGGGACAUAUUUCUUUCUAAUAUUGGUUUGAGUUGGGCAAUGCCAGUUCAUAUAUUAGGUAUGAUAUCUAGUUGGAACAGAAGUGGAGGGACUAAAGCUCAAAGAAAGUAUUAGAGUAUGAUACCAGGAUGUAUAUGGUGGACUAUGUGGAAGGAAAGGAAUUCAAGAUGUUUUGAUAACAAAUGCAACCCUAUCCAGAAGAUAGAGCUUAAUUGUAUUUGACUUUCGUAUUUUUGGUGUAAAGAAAAGUACAUAGAUGACACAGAGAAGCUCAUACAAUUUCUAUUGUCACUCUAGUUGCUAGUUUAUUAUUUUUGUGUAGAUUUAGCUAGACUCACUGUAACUAUGGCCUUUCACUGGCACUUUUGAUUCAAUACAGUUUGUUACCAUCUCAAAAAAAAAUCUAUGUAUGUGUUUAAAUGCGAGAUCAGUGUUUGUUUCUGUAA